GACUUAACUCAUUCCUUCGGAGAAGAAAAGAACUCCCUGAAACCGCUGCUGCAGAAGAAAAGGAUUUUAAGAAAAUAUCGGAAGCGCGUGGAGUCGGUCGCGAUGUGCCAUGAUGUCUGCAGAAUACCCUGGUACGGAUGGGGAUCGGGGGAUGGGAAGCAUCGCAACACCGUCGCACUCAUCCGACCUUCAGACAGAGCGAAAGGCAGCACGCCAGCACAACGCACCGAUAUGUAUGGCCGUUGUUCUUGUCUUCAUUGGCGCUGUCAUGUCCGGCCCGGCGCGUCGAUAGAUCUUCAUCGAUUCGCUCCAUCGACGCCCAGAGCGGCGAAAUCGUGAUUGGAUCUUUCUCGUCACUGCGUCCAUAUGGGUUUCCUGCAGAGUUUGUUUGCCCUGCUGUUUGCCUUAUUCACGCUGUCCACGCAGGGCAUACACAGCAGCACACAGGUCAGCUGACAGGCAGCAGCGCCGGCCGUACACAUACACCCACGGGCAUCUGGGGCAGGCAGAGCACACGAGAGCGCACGUGGACUCGUCUACGUGUGUGUGUGUGUGAUGUGUGUGUGCAGCCCCUUGCUGAUCCAGCAUCGUUCAUCGGCCCCUCCCCUAUUACUGCGUCGCGGCCGCAGCAACUUGCCUCUCCCGCCCGCCGCCGUCCCGGCACUCAGCAGCUCCCCGCUGGCUCGAAGCUAGGAGAUUGGCUGGCGGACUUGCUUCCGAAAGCUCCUCCUCCUCCCAGCUCCAACCCACGAAAGAUGCUUCGGAAGUGGGUGGUGCUAGUCACGGAGAGCGGCCGAAGACUACAACCUUUCCCCGUAGAUGUGAGAGCCGGCACGUGCACCGAUGACUUCAAGGCGAUGAUCAAGAAGAGCCCUUAUUACCCGGCGCCGUACAUGUGGGAUGCACUUUACCUUUUUGAAGACGAAACCAUCAAUGAGGCCCUGCCCGUGAGCGAGGGUCUUGCGGGCAAGGGCGACCGCCCGGGGCGCCCCAUACGCCUCACCAUCAUCCGGCCGCUACGUAAGGGAGGGAGACAGUUUGAUUUGAUUGAGUGUCCAAAGGGAAGAAGGAAGCCGUGCAUGGCUUUGUGACCCACUCACGGCUACGCGGAUGGAUGGAUGGAUAUGCAUGUGUGUGUGUGUGUGCUCUUUCAGGCACUGACCAUCCCCGGUACGUCGUCCUCCCCUUCCCCCUUCCCUGGUGACCGACACCACACUCGCACCGCACACAGACCGGCCGGCCGGCGGGCUCGCUGGCCAUCCGUCCGUCCGUGCGUGUGCUUGUCACUUCAUGUAGUUCUGUCUGUCUGUCUGUCUUCAGGUAUUAUGGUUGACUGACCACUACGUAGAUAUCAAUGGAUAUCAAUGUAACCAGCGCAGCGACGCUGCAGGACAGACAGACAGACAGAACUACACUCAGGUGCCUUGCCUCGCCGCCUGCCUCUUGUAUGUAUCCACGUCUCUGUAUGCAUGCAUUUGGGAUUCUGUAUUCUCGCGUGUGGGGAUUUGUGUGGGUGUAUGGGAAUGUAUGGGCGUGUGUUUGCGUAGCGAAGUCCAAGCGGAGCGCCUGACCCACCGUUCAUGGCCUCAGUGCGUGUGAAAUCGUUUGAUGCAUGUUGUCGAUUGACAAGUCACAAUGCAUUUAUCGCCAUGGCCCGGAUGGAAAAAUUGACG